CGCUUAUCAUUAAUCACCAAAAACACUGCUCUUUUUAUCAUUAAUAAUGGCUUCCAAAAUCUCUGUUUCCCCUUUCUGGAACCUUCCAAUUUCAACUCAAAAAACUCGACUUCUUCCUCAAUUUCCACUUCUACAGCAAUUCCCUUCUUCUUCUAGAGUUAUAUCAUCGAAGUUUAAGGUAAAUUGUCAAAGAUGUAUAUCAGUUUCAGCUGCUGUGACUGAAGAAUCUCAAACUUCUCCUCCAUCAUCGUCAUCUACUGCAUCGUCUUCCAAAGUUGUUCUUGUUGUUGGUGGAUCCGGUGGCGUUGGACAGAUAGUUGUAGCAUCAUUACUCGAUAGGAAUGUCAAACUGCGUCUCAUUCUUAGAGACCCUGAGAAAGCAACUACUCUAUUUGGCGAGCAUGAUGAGGAAAAGUUUCAGGUGUGGAAAGGUGACACGCGGAGUCCUACAGGCAUAGAUCCAUCUGUAUUUGAGGGUGUAACUCAUGUUAUUUGCUGCACUGGGACCACUGCUUUUCCAUCUAGGCGGUGGGAUGGAGAUAAUACUCCAGAAAGAGUAGAUUGGGAAGGUGUGAGAAACCUUGUGUCAGCAUUGCCUAAGUCACUAAAAAGAAUUGUUCUUGUUUCAUCGAUUGGUGUCACAAAGUUCAACAAGUUGCCUUGGAGCAUCAUGAACAUUUUUGGUGUUCUCAAGUAUAAGAAGAUGGGGGAGGAUUUUGUUCGCAAUUCUGGUCUUCCAUUCACCAUAAUCAGAGCUGGUAGAUUAACAGACGGGCCAUACACAUCAUAUGAUUUGAACACUCUGUUACAAGCUACAGCUGGUGAACGACGUGCAGUUUUGAUAGGUCAAGGGGAUAAACUUGUUGGAGAAGUUAGUAGGCUUGUAGUUGCGGAAGCUUGCAUACAGGCAUUGGACAUAGAAUUCACAGAAGGACAAACUUAUGAAAUAAACUCUAUUGCGGGUGAUGGACCAGGAACAGAUACACUGAAGUGGCAGGAGUUAUUUAGAGCUUCUCACAGCAAUUAACUGCAGUUUAACUAUAUUUCUUGUACAGAUUAUCAGAGAAAGCUCUCAAUUUAUCUAGAAACAUACACUGAACUGUGAGUCACUAAACAUAUGCAACAAUUUGUUUGAUUGAGUUAUUAUGUCAAUGUAAAUACUCACUUAUAUGUUGUCAGUGAUGUAGAGAGGGCCCACAAAUUCUUUCGUCCUUUUACUUAA